AUGUCGAAAGAAAGCCAUCUGGAAAGAACCGCAAAGGAACCCCGUGAUGAGGCACUGCAUACGGUGAUUAUCAAACAUGUCAACCAAGUCAAUGAUUCUAUCAGAGUGUUCCAGUUAGCGAUCCCCAACCAGAAGGCGAUACGUUUUUCUGCGGGACAAUGGCUCGACGUUCAUGUUCCGACCGUGCCCAAGGCUGGAGGCUUUACGAUAACCUCUGCGCCCUCAGCUGCAGUUGCGCAACAGGGACCAGAUGGCCAGGUACCGCAGGCCUAUCUUGAGCUGGCUAUCCAGAAGUCGCCAGCCAACCCACCAGCUGCUUGGCUCUGGCAGCCUCUCCCGGCAAUCAUGAAUGCUGAAGUCAAAGUCCGGGUUGGAGGCAGCUUUGUCUGGCCGCCGGCCGGUAUUGACGUUUCGUCACUCCGCAAGGUUGUGCUUGUGGCCGGUGGUGUCGGGAUCAACCCCUUGAUAAGUAUACUUACCGCCAUUGCGGAUGACAGGAAGCAUGGAAGGCUUCCUGAAAGCUGCGAAGUGGCGAUGCUUUAUUCGAUGAAGGACCCCGGGCCACCGAGACAUGUCAAGAAGAUGCUGUUUCUGGAGAGGAUUACUGGGCUCUUCGCCAAAGGGGCGGUCCGGGGCACAUUUCGGCUGUUUCUUACUAGACCCCAUGAUACUCCUCAGCAAAGUGAUGCGGUUCCAAAUAUGGAGGCAGGCAUGGUGAACUGUCAUGGGUAUGGAGUGAAGUUCGCCGCCAGAAGGAUAUCACUAGCUGAUAUUGCAUCCGCUGUUGGGGAUGAUAAAGACUCAGCAGUGGUAUACGUAUGCGGUGUUCCUGCCAUGACGGAUGAAAUGGUUGAAAGGUUGGUAUCCAAAGGCGGGCUGGGUAUGGAGCGCAACAGGGUUUUGUUCGAAAAGUGGUGGUGA